CUCUAAGAUCCCAGCAUUCCCUUCGCGCCGCCACCAAGAUGGCGGCGCCCAUGCUGCGGUGCCUUUCCCGGGGCAGGUGGUGUGGUACCCCAGGCCGGUCAGGAGUCCUGCCCCUGGGGCUGCGUGAGGCGCACUCGGGCGCUCAGGGGUUGCUAGCAGCGCAGAAGGCUCGGGGUCUGUUCAAGGAGUUCUUCCCCGAGAGGGGUACGAAGAUAGAGCUCCCAGAGCUCUUCGACCGGCGCACGGCGGGCCACCUUCCCCAGACCAUCUACUGCGGCUUCGACCCCACGGCCGACUCGCUUCAUGUGGGGCAUCUGCUGGCGCUGCUGGGCCUGUUUCACUUCCAGCGAGCCGGCCACAACGUGAUCGCGCUGGUGGGAGGCGCCACGGCGCGCCUGGGCGACCCGAGCGGCCGCACCAAGGAGCGCGAGGCGCUGGAGGCAGAGCGCGUGCAAAGCAACGCGCGCGCCCUGCGCCAAGGGCUCGAGGCCCUGGCGGCUCAUCACCAGCAGCUCUUCACGAAUGGGCGGACCUGGGGCAGUUUCACGGUGCUGGACAACUCCAGUUGGUACCAGCAGCAGCACCUGGUGGACUUCCUAGCGGCCGUGGGCGGCCACUUCCGCAUGGGCACCCUGCUGAGCCGGCAGAGCGUCCAGACUCGGCUCAAGAGCCCCGAAGGCAUGAGUUUGGCUGAGUUUUUAUACCAGGUGCUCCAGGCCUAUGAUUUCUACUACCUGUUCCAGCGUUAUGGGUGCCGGGUCCAGCUGGGCGGGUCUGAUCAGCUGGGCAAUAUCAUGUCCGGAUACGAGUUCGUUCACAAGUUGACUGGAGAAGAUGUAUUUGGAAUCACUGUUCCUCUAAUUACAAGUACUGCUGGAGCAAAACUGGGAAAGUCUGCUGGUAAUGCUGUUUGGCUCAACAGAGAUAAGACAUCUCCGUUUGAAUUAUAUCAGUUCUUUGUCAGGCAGCAAGAUGAUUCAGUAGAAAGGUACAUACACAGAAAACAAAAGUACAAAAACAUGCUUGGGAAGGAUGACACAAAUUUAGAGUACCUGAAGCUCUUCACUUUUCUGCCCCUUCCAGAGAUUGACCACAUAAUGCAUCUGCAUGUCAAAGAGCCAGAGAAGCGGGGUCCUCAGAAACGACUGGCUGCAGAAGUAACAAAGCUUGUUCAUGGACAAGAGGGGCUGGAUUCUGCUAAAAGGUGUACACAAGCCCUUUAUCAUAGCAGCAUUGAUGCCCUGGAGGUCAUGUCUGACCAAGAGCUAAGAGAGUUGUUUAGGGAAGCUUCAUUUUCUGAAUUAGUCCUUGACCCUGGGACAAGCAUCCUAGAUACAUGCCGGAAAGCAAAUGCCAUUCCAGAUGGUCCCCGAGGGUAUCGGAUGAUAACAGAAGGCGGAGUCAGCAUAAAUCACAGACAAGUAACAAACCCUGAGAGCAUUUUAGUUGUUGGACAACAUAUUCUUAAAAAUGGACUUUCGUUACUAAAAAUAGGAAAAAGGAAUUUCUACAUUAUAAAAUGGCUUCAGCUAUGAUGAAAAAUCCUUCUGCUUAUUCAAACAAACUUAUCCAUCAUUCUCAAGACUUGAAAGACUGGCUCCUGGACUUAUGCCUUCACUUAUGCCAAUCACAACAACAGAGAAUGGAGUAUACUCUAGGUCUCACAGUGUGAGUAAUUUCAUUAUUUAUAUAGGUUAGUCAAUAAAUAAGUUGUUUAUGUAAUGAUGGGAUAUUUUCUGAUCCACAAACAUUAAGGACUGACAUAGAAAACCAUGAUUUCCCGGGUUAAUCAUCUCUCAAACAUUUUACUUAGGGACCAGCCCAGUGGUGUAGCAGUUAAGUGUGCGCGCUUGCUUCGGCGGCCUGGGGUUUGUAGGUUCGGAUCCCAGGUGCCAACUGAUGCACCGCUUGUCAAGCCGUGCUGUGGUGGCAUCCCAUAUAAAGUAGAAGAAGAUGGGCACGGAUGUUAGCCCAGGGCCAAUCUUCCUCAGCAAAAAGAGGAGGAUUGGCAUUGGAUGUUAGCUCAGGGCUAAUCUUCCUCACCAAAAAAAAAAAAUUUACUUCCUGAAAAAACUAAAUGCUGUCAUUCCUAUCCUACUUUUCUUGCUUUCCUUUUUGGGGAUGAGGAGGAACGACAAACAGAUGACUUGGCACAGUCUACAAAACUGGUGUGUAAGGAGUUGCGGAUAGUAAGGUUCAGUACUAUCUGCCGUUUCAGGCAUCCACUGGGGAUCUUGGAACAUAUCCCCCUGGAUAAAGGGGACUACUGUACUUUUAUAUCAGUUAUCUCUCUCUCACUGAUCUCACUAGUAUUUUAUAUCAUCAUUCUAAAACUAGCAAUGCCCCUAGUGUCCACAUUAGAAAUGGGAAUUCUAGUAUUGGGAACUUAUAAAUUUCUGAUUUCUUUGUUGUUUAGGAAGGAAAUAUAGUUCUUAAAAAGGAGAAAAGUUAGAUGAAGCCAUAGUUGGCAUUAGAAAUCACAGUAGAAAUAGUUUCUUUUCAAAGCAAAGAACAAAAAUCAGUACUUGACUUUUCAGAAAGUUUCUAAUUCAGUUUUCCAGUCCCUUGCCUGUGUUGCAGUAUAAUUAAAUUUAAACCCUUGUUUUGUCAGAUUACUAAGGUAGCAAUAUUUUAUAAAUUUGGAAACUUUUAUAUUAGUUUUAAGUUUCAACUUCUGUCCCCAAGCAGAUUGCAACUUGAGAUAAACUGAAAAGUUAAGUAACCAAAGAGAGAAAAUAGAGGCAAAUAUUAUACCAAAUAUCCAAUCAUAUGAGAAUAUCAAAAGAUAUUCAGGUGAGGGAAGUUUUCAGGUUAAGUUGAAAGGAUACGGAAGCAAGACUUAGUUAAGCUUUGCAUACAUUAGACAAGUUAAUUCUCCAGAAUUGUUUCCACAUCUGAAAAAUCAAGGUAAUAAACAGCACCCUUCUUUCCCUGAGGAUCAAAUGACACACACAAACACAAAAUGGUUCAAAAUCAGAUUUCUUCUGGAAGACCUUAACAGGCAGCAAAGCAUGGCUUUGGUGGUCAAAUUCUAGCCAUUCACUACCUGAAUUACUUGAAGUGGGUCACUGUCUUCAUAUGCAGAAAUGGAGAUGUGACAAUACCUCAGUGAAUUGAGAGAAUAGGAAAAAAGUCCUAAAAAUUCAUACAGUAUAAGCUGUAUUGUUAUGUUCCAAAGUAGAUUUAUAUGUUAAAAAGCUAUAGUUAUAAGCCUUUCUCUGGGAGUAAAGUUAGGAAGAAUUCAUUUAUUGACAAACUUGUAUGUCAUUUCAUAUCAGCAAUUUUAUUUACAUAGCAAGAACAUACAGGUAUAUGUCAGAGAUCAUCUCUACAUUUCAGAACUUCAAUUUGAGGACCAACAAAGGAAGGUUUUCUCUGUCCAUACCUUUCUUGCCUCUGUUUUUCUCUAUACAAGGUGUGUAGUACUAGCAAGUGCAUUACUUUAAAACAUUUUCAAUUUGAAAUCUGUUUGAUAUGCUGGAGAAAGUGCUUUAAUUAUAAGGUUUUUUUUCCCCCCUUACAAAUUCAGAAGGCUAGAAUGCUAGUCAUCUGAUCUAGCUGAAAUAAGUAAAUAUGGAUGGCUAUAAGUUCAAAACUGAUGUUUAAUGAUGGCAGAGUGAUUUUACAGUGUGCUAACAAACAUUUCGGUAGCAUAUAUUCUGUCAAGAUGGUACUGACAGAUUCAAAGUAGUACCAUAUGAUAGCAUAUUGAACCUGGUUUUUUAUGUUGGAGAUCAGUUGCUGAGCCUAUUGUUUCUUAGUAAAUGGGUACCAUAAGCAAAAGUAAACAGACGUAUUCAUCUUGUCCCUGCCAAUAGUCCUUCAUAAAUGUCACAACUAAAAAGAAAUUGUAAUAUCUGCAAUAUAUAAUUUACUUAACAUGUUAUGUUAGAGAUGGAGCUAGAGGCCUUAAGGAUUUCGAUCCAUAUCUUACAAUUUAUAAUACAAUUCAUAUUCAACAAUCACCUGGGGGAUUUUAAUAGAACGUAUAUAUGUCCUAAACGUCACCCCUACCCCAUGAAUGCAAUUUAGUAGUCUGUAAGCCUUUAGGGGUGUAUGUCCAGAUGUUUUUCUUAUUUAAAUAAUAAGGCUCCACCAGUAUUCUUAUACCUCUAUUCUAAUGUUAUUUUGUUGGUGUUCGUGUGACUCAACAGUAACUUAUUACCAACUAAUACUUAUAGAGAGAAGAUACACUUCAAUGAUUAACAUAGUAUUUUGGUUUUUUAAGUCCCACCUCCAAGUGAAUCUUGGAGCAUGGUGUAAGUGCCCUAAUUUAAAGAUGGAUCUGAGUAACUACUGUUAUAUUUGGAAACCAACGGGAAUUUAUUAGAACUCUAAAAACUAAAAAGGAACUGGUCUUACUAGAUAUUCAAGCCUAGAUGGUUGUUUUUAAUACAGGAAAACAUAACUUAUGCUUCCAGAUUUAAGUAAAAAUCAAAGAUAUUUAAUUUUUAAUGCACUCGGGCAACGUGGACCCAGAAAUGGAAGGGUUGCGUAGCUACACAUCAUGCACACUGCAUCACUGUCAAUGUUACUGAUCGUCUUGUGUGUUCAGUUUUCUUAGUAACAUGUCAAAGGUUGCAGAGAAGCUCAAUAAAACUAAAUCAAAGGACAGGUGGAAUACAGUGACUAUGUGAGUAACUUGUCAACCCACAUCUUUCAAAGCCAGAUUGGUUUAUACAGUGCAUGCAUUAUAGUCGUAUGAAAUGUUGUCUUGGUGCGUUCUUGAAGGACUAUGGCAGCGGCUUUAAGAUUA